AGGCCAGAUCUGUCAGUAAAGUCAGGUUAAUCGCUCAUGGGCGAUACAGGAAAUUUAGUCUUUUUCACACCAGGACAGUGAAGCUGAAGGCAGAAGAUUUUAAAAACAAGAUUUGCCCAUUUGAAAAGAGAUACUAGAGUACAGCGCUCUUGUGAAGUAAUUUCCACGUUAUGCAAUAUUCUGUAAAUAAGUGUGAAACUGUGAGAUAGACACCACAGAAGAAGUUAUAUGAUUGAAGGGCUUCAUGUUGCAUUACAGAAUGGAAAGCUGUGUUAUUUCUCCUUUGUCUGAAGAAAUAAUUCCGUAUGACCAUGAUGCUCGGCCGAUAUAUGACUUCUACCCAUAUCUCAGUACUGACCCUGAGACUCAUCCUGAAAGUGGAUGGGACUACACAAGUGUUCAUGCUCAUCACAGUGAAUUUGAGCCGCCUCAAGGAAACCAUUUCACUGAGCUUCAUCCCACCACAUACCGCUAUGGAGAUGUGGAGUCCUUCCAUCCAUCUGUAGAUGCAGGGAUGGGAACACUUCUACCUGUGAUUCCUCCACAGUAUACUUACGUCCCCCACGCGCUGUACCCACGGUCCCCCCUUCCCCACUGCAGUACUGAUGAAGAGGACCCUGGGGGACGCAGUCCACCCUUUGAGGUGUCAGAAGGUGAGGAGGACAAUGAUGGGCAUCCGGGCACCUCCAGCACUCUAUCAGGAAACAAAAGGAAAGUGCGUCUCUAUCAGUUCCUCCUGGACCUGCUGCAGGAUGGAGACAUGCGGGACUGCAUCUGGUGGGUGGACAGAGAGCGAGGCAUCUUUCAGUUCUCCUCCAAACACAAGGAGACACUCGCCAGCCGCUGGGGCCAGCAGAAGGGCAACCGCAAGAGAAUGACCUACCAGAAGAUGGCCAGGGCCCUGCGCAACUACGGCAAGACCGGAGAGGUCAAAAAGGUCAAGAAGAAACUUACAUACCAGUUCAGCAGCGAGGUGAUGAGGAGGACGACUAUGGAUAGGAGGCAGUAUCAUCACUGACACUCUGGACACAAAAUAUUUCCUUUAGAUCUAGUGUCUUUUACCUACAAUGUAAUUAUUCACAAAUUCUCUCAUGUCACUGUUCUGCAGUAAAAAAAUUUAAUCUCAGGGAUAUGUAAUAUGUAGCCUAUAGGGAUAUAGGUAUGUGUAAUAUUUGGGUAGCUGACAUGGACAUUGACAUUUUUAACCACUUUAAAUCAGCUUUUUGAUUUCACAAUUAUUUCACUAUACAUUUCAAUAGACCAGUGGCGUGAUAAAUGGAUUUAAGGGGGGAAAAAUUCCAUGUAGUCUCUCAAUUAACAUGGUCAUGAAAAUGGCACAACAAAAACAACAACAACAAUAAUAAUACUUUUUUUUUUUUUUUAAAUACUGUUUAAAGUCAUUUAGAUGGAUUUAACAUGUUGUACUGUAGGACAUUUUGAUAUAUUCAGCUAUUUUGACAGUUUCGUAGGUUGACUCCCAUAUGCUUCAUCCAUUCCACACAAAUAACUAAAGCCUUAACUUAUAUUAUGCUUAUUAAAAAACCUUUCUUUAUAUUAUGUGAAGGUGUCACACUGCUAAAUAAAUGAACCUGGAAGUCAGCUACCACAUUCCUCCCUGAAAAAAAAAAAAGCUUAUUUACUUCCUACUGGGUUUCUUGUUGUAUUUGUUAUAGCAAAAAUGUUAAAGGUAGGAACAAUUCUAGGGGCCUACAACAAUUUUAAUAGAAUUAUUUGUAUAAUUACAUACUAAUUAAAUACUUAAUAGCAUUA